AGUAAUGCGACUAAUGUGACAUUUUGAAGUCAACUUGUACACAACUAAUCAUCAUAAUCAAAUUACAUUACUUUCAACUCUCAACUUCAGCAACCAUGGUCGGAGCACCGGUCUCUUACUCCGGCAAUCAGCCUCCGCCUCCGCCCGCCGCCGCCACUAAUCCGGCCAUGAAUCCCGACGCGGCGGCCAAAUACGCGCCUCAGCCGUACGCCAACCCAAGCGCGCCCAUCUCGUCGCUCCUCCUCCCCUACUCCGGCCAAACGCCGCCGUACGGUGCGGCACCCGCGCCUCCGCCGACGUCGGCGCCAAUCGAUACGAGCCAACUCUAUCCCCCCAAUCCGGUUCCUUUCCCGCCAACUUCUUCCUCUUCUUAUCCGGCUCCCGCUCAGCCGCCGACGCCUUUCCCGCCAACUUCUUCUCAGCCGCCGCCUCCUUUCCCGCCAUUCUCGACUCUUCCAAACAAUAAUGCUUAUUCGCAGAAUCCAUCCGCACCUUUCCCUCCCUUCACCGCGCCGCCGGCUUAUCUUUCUUCGCAGCCCCCGCAACAACCAAACUAUCCACCACAGCCGAAUAACCUUCCGCCUCCCUAUCCAGGUGGAAACUAUGCCCCUCCUCCUUAUAAUCCACAGGCUGCGCCGCCUCCCCCUGGCGGUGCCUAUGGUGUGCCUCCGUCCAACGGUGGUGCCUAUCCGCCCCAGUAUUAAUUUGCGAGCACCACGAAAAAUUGAUUAUGAGUUUGAAUACAAACUUAAGAAAAUUUGAUUUUAUUACUCCAUUAAGAAGUUUGUGUGACAAUGCUUAUUAUUCCUCUUCAGCAAGUUUUAUAAUUAAAUCGUAUUUUGUGGAA